CCCAAUGAUACCUUAUAUUUCAUCAAAGUGUAUACGCUACUGAGGACUUCUACGGAUAGCUUACUGCGCAUGCCUAUACCACAGAGUAUACUUGUAUCCAUUACAAACUCUACAGAAACAAAUGUACAAAAAUACAAUUCAAUUUUAUGCGAAAUAAAAAGCAGUAAUUCAUUGAACUCAUAUAUUUCCGCAUAUUAUACAUCGCAUUAAAAGGUGAAAAUCGUGUUCGCGUUGGUAACCAUUACGGUCAUUCGUGAUAUUGUGCCAUUUUCUUAAUGUUAAUAUAAAUUCGAAAGCAUUAAUGGAAAUUGCUGUAAGAUCGAAAAAGAAGAAACAGAAAGACGAGGAUGUCGACACCGGUAACAACGAGAGAUCAUUAUUCAAGAUGCGAAAAGCAUCCGGUAUGGAGGUUGCACUUUAGCAAUGAAAAUUCAUUCUCAUAAUCCUUGUUGGAGUUUUUCUAUUUCCCGUUUUCACAUUUAGCACGGAACGCACGAUAUGCGUAGUUUCGUUUCUCAUAUAAUAUAUCAUACAAUGUAAGCGGUUACGCAUGACACGAAAAGUACGAAGUAAGGCGCGAACAUCAUAUCAUCAGGACGCGUUCCCGAACUCGACUAAAAAUUUGCUUAGGUGAAGUGGUACCAUCGUGCGUGUCAUGUAGCAAUGUUACACACGACAUGUGCAGUAAUACAUCGGUAUGAUCAAGCGAAUCAUGGUUACGCGUCGAAAGGCAAAAAUGCAAAGUAAAAGUAGUGGAAAAUGCACAAAGGUUCAAGUACGAACUGCAACGUGGUAUGAUUGCGAUGGUAUACGGGAGAUAAGAAGGACAGCAAGGAAGCCGAAUGAGAGAAGAACAUAGACGGUAAAUAUGGAAUGGCAGGACGGUAACGGUUUAGGCAGGGCAGUUGGCGAUACCGCGAACAGACGACACGACGCGACGGUGGCAGUGAAAGGUUGCUCGAGAAACAUUCCUACGUCCAUCGGAUCCCAUCUCGUGCUCUUUUCCCAGAGUGCGCGUGUUUCUGUGCAUACACGUACGCACGCAGGUACGUAAACGCGUAGAGGAAUAUCGGUGUACCCUCCAUCUGGCUGUUUACCGUUUCCCCUACCAGCAAAUCACGCCUCGUAAGUCGAGGUUUCUCGAGUGUAAGUAAAGUCGCGCGCGGGCCCCGUUACGAGAGUCGCGAAAUCAGUGGAGAAGGGUAGAGCGCGCGUUACACUCCCAGCAUUUCCUCCUUCGGUCUUUUAUAUUAGGAUUUUUUCUGCGGUCACAUUCUCGUUGCCCGGAUACUUGCUUAAUUUCGAUCUCUGUGAGAAACUUUCGUUCGUUCGUUCUUACGGUCGGUCAAAUUUUGUGAAGAACUGUUGAUUGAUCUUGACGUGAAGAAAGAAAUGAAAUGGAAUGACCAAAGCGAUUAAAGGAUUAGACGAGUAAUUGACGAAAAAGUGAACAAGAAGAGAAAUACAGGUGAAGUUAGGAAAACAAGGAGAAGGAAAGAGUCGCGUGGAUGCGCUGUCUUGUACAUCGGGACCACCUACGGAUGAUGGCAAAUGAUCAGGUUCUUUGACGCGUUUGAUUCGUACGAGGAAAUAGGAGGAAGAUCGCAACGAUGAAGAGAUAACGAUUUGAUCACUGGUACUUCUAGUCAGGCGGAAUUACGCGUGGAAAAGCUACUAUGAAAAGAGGGUGGUAUUUGCCGUUGAUUUUACUAUUAUCCAUCGUUUCUCCAUCGAAACAAGCGGAAUGGAUACCAUGCGUGGAGCUGAAACGAGAUUUGCAGGUUCCCUGCAAAUGCAUCGUUUCUACGGAGUACAGCCGUUCGAUCGAGAUGAACUGCGACCGGGCAAUCUUUACGCGAGACAUCGUCGACAGGCUACGGGAUCAGCCGAUCGUUUCCUUCAGCCAAAGAAACAGCGGAUACCAAAAUCUACCGGAGGACUUGCUCGACUCCGUGUUGAACUUGAGGAAGCUCGAUCUGUCAGGCAAUUCGAUUCACAAGCUGAUGGGCCGUGCGCUUCGUGCCCAGACCCGGCUGGUCGAACUGAAGCUGGCCGAUAAUUUAUUGGGCGACAAUCUUAAUCCGAUAUUCUCGAGCAACGAGUUCCACGGAAUGGAGGAGCUGAAGCUGCUCGAUCUUAGCAGAAACGGUCUCAGGAGCAUAGAGGAAGGGAUUUUAAAGGGAUGCGAUGGACUCGAACAACUUUAUUUAGACGGCAACAAUUUGACCACUGUACCGACCACGUCGCUCAAAGGACCAAAGUCCGUGAGAGUACUGUCGCUCUCUGGAAACAAUAUCGCUUCGCUGCCCCGAGCUGCUUUUUCGAUGGUCGGUGCGUCGUUGUUGCGAUUGGAUUUGAGCGAUAACGAAUUGUCUCACAUGGAGGACGACGCUCUAUCCGGACUGGAACAACUGCUACUUUUAAACAUAUCCCACAACGAUCUUGGACGUUUCAAUAGCGACGUCUUCAAAGGUGCCUACAAUUUACUGCAGUUGGACCUGUCAGCAAACUUCCUUCAAGAGUUUCCCGGUGAUGCGUUGAGGCAUUUGACGGACUUGAAGUUCCUCAACGUCUCCAACAAUUUGAUUAGCGAGAUACAACGCACCCAGUUGGAAUCAUUGACGGAGUUGCAGGUAUUGGAUCUCAGUCGAAACAACAUCGGUCGUCUCGGGGCAAAUACCUUCUCCAGUUUGUCUAGACUGAACAAGCUUGAUCUAAGCCUGAAUGUUCUGCGUACGGUUGAAGAAUCGUCGUUCGACGGUUUGAACGAGCUAAAAUGGCUUUCCUUACGAGACAACAAUAUUCUGCUGGUACCGGGGACCGCCUUGGCGAGACUACCUUCGCUGACUCAUCUUCACAUGGAGUACAAUCGCGUAGCUGCGUUAUCCACCGAUCUGAUCAAAUCGACGUCCCGCAGUCUAGUUAGGUUAGCGCUCACUCGAAACCUGAUGCGAGAAAUACCUGCCGGAUUGUUUCGAGAUUUCGAAAAUCUGAUCGGCAUCGAGUUAUCCGGAAACAUGCUGUCGAGCAUCUCCGUCGACACGUUCUCCGGGCUGGAGGACACGUUGCUCAGCUUGGACGUUUCGUUCAACGGGUUAACGUCGAUCGACGAACUUUCAACGAGGAAGCUCGUCUCUCUCGAUUUGGCUGGUAACAGACUGACGCGAAUCCCGCCAGAAACCUUCGCGCAACUGCGAUCGCUCGAGUUUUUGAAUUUGAGCUCGAAUCCGUUGUACGGAGGAUUCCCACCAGUCUUUCCUUCCUCGUUGUUGACCCUCGACGUAUCGAGGACUGGUCUCAGCAUUUUGCCAGCGAUCCUGUUUCGGAACCUCGAAUCCAUCGAGAGAAUAUCGGUCGCCGGCAAUCGGUUGGAAAUGAUCGAUCAAGCCACGUUCAGCGAUCUACAAAACUUGUCGAGGAUCGACCUAUCCGACAAUCGAAUAGAACACAUCGAGAACGGAGCUUUCGUUGGGUUAAUCGGUCUAUACGAGUUAUAUCUGCGGGGGAACGGAUUGACCUCGUUCGCCGGGGAAUACUUCGACACCGGCACGGGACUCGAAAUUCUCGAUCUGUCCAAUAAUCGAAUAGAUAGAUUAUCCCCGACGGCUUUCGCGAUUCAUCCCAGGCUAAGGGAGCUUGAUCUGUCCGGCAAUCGAUUCAUUCGCUUUCCGACCGAUUACUUAAAACCCCUACAAUUCUUGGAGAUGCUCGAUUUAUCCGAGAAUGCAUUGAGUCGAGUCGACGAGUUUGCAUUUGCCCGACUCGGUCGCCUGCGAGUUCUGAAUUUAGCCUCGAACCGAAUCGAAUCGGUCGACGAUCUAGCUUUCCACAAUUCAACGCAACUCCAAUUGCUCGAUCUAUCCGCGAACAGUAUCGAAGCCCUGAGCGAAAGGACGCUUGAAGGCCUGCUUCGUCUCGAACACUUCGACCUUCGAAACAAUCGAUUAACUUCCCUACCGGAUACGAUCUUCGAUCCGACCAGGGUCCGCGUAGUCGAGAGCAUCGAUCUAUCCGGAAACCGGAUCAACCAGAUCCCGAUAUUAUCCUUACGGAAGCAGUCUGGUUCCUUAUCCAGCUUGAACCUCGCUCGUAACAAGAUGGUUCAACUAUUUGACCAAGAUGUACCCAGCAAUCUGAAACACCUUGAUCUUUCGGACAAUCCUCUGAGCGAGAACGCGAUCGAUCGAAUCCUGGGAGAGGCCAAGAUACUGCGAUCUCUGAAUCUCGCGAACACCGCCGUCAAGCGUCUGGUCAGAUUAGAAACACCUUUCCUCGAGCGACUCGAUCUUUCCGGCAACGAUCUGACUGAUGUUCCGCGCGACGCUCUCGAACGCACCACUAUGCUCCAGACUUUGGACCUGUCGAGGAACAAGUUCCCAGACCUGAACCAUGCAAUCGGUACACUGAAAACGCUACCGGUACUGCGUUGGUUGGACGUGUCCGGGAACGAGGCGAAGAUCGUCAACGAAACCAGCUUCGAGGGCUUAACCGCGUUGCGUUUCCUCAACCUGUCCGAUCUACCUGACUGCACCAGAAUCGAGAAGAACGCUUUCAAACCGUUGACUAAACUGCGAUCCCUGUCGGCGUACAACUACCCUAAACUGGGUUACUUCGACCUACAGGGGAUCCUCAAAGGAAUGAACCGCUUAGAGACGUUAGACGUCGAGGUGAAAGACUCGACGGUAAGCAACGAGCAGCUGUCGAUACGAGCGCAUCCGCGGCUAACGAAAUUAACCCUCCGAGGCGAAAGACUGAAAAAUGUGCUGUCCAGCUCGUUGGUCGGCGUUCGAGGACCCACCUUCUUCCUCGGCCUCGUCAACACCUCCGUCGACUCCAUACCCGCCUCUUUAUUCUUCCCGGUGCCGCGUUCUACCCAUCUGGAGUUAGACGUUUCUGGCAGUAAAUUCACCAGCCUGUCCUCUCAAUUUCUCGCCGCACUCGACGAACGAACCGGUUUCGUCAAGAUCAACGGCCUUCAGCGCAAUCCGAUUAAUUGCGAUUGCAACAUCAGGCAACUGUGGAAGUGGCUGAGAACGACCCACGCAGGAAAUACCCACGCGUUGAACGUCCUUUGUUUUACUCCGGUUCACCUCCGUGGAAUGGUUCUGACCAACCUGACGGAAGAUCGAUUGUCUUGUACUAACGGUGUUACCUCGGUCGACGUUGAUCGAGCAACGACCACCGAUAACGCGGAGACCACUCUCUCCGCCGUGGGUCAUCCUUCGAGCAGAUCGACGCUGCCGGAACCUGAUAUCAUUUGGACGGUAGCGCCGAAGCUGCGAAAUCCGGACCGUAAGCACUACAACGACGACCGCGUGCUCGUCUCGUCACCGACGGCCAACGCCUCAGGGACCGACGACACGCUCAUCAUCGGUAUCGUCGGUGGAGUAGUCGCGUUCAUAGCUCUGAUCGUGCUCGUUAUAUGCGUCUGUCGCGUCAGGUGGUCCGGCCGAAUCGAGCAAGCCCGUUUAGCCGCCCUCGCCACCAGCAGCAUUCCGGAUGCCUCGAUGAUCAGACCGGCCAGCACCUACUCUGGCAAGAUUAAUCAUGAUAUCUACGUCGGAUCUUAUAAUGGAUCGACGUUAGAUCGCGGAAACGGCACGAUAGUUCCGGCCACGCCCGCGCCCGUCCAAAUGAUGCCUUACUUACAACCACCAAUACACCUCGUGCAUACCCUUUUGCCCGCUUCGCAAUCGCAUUCGCACCCGCAACCGCAAUCUCAGUCGCAAUUGCAAGCGCAACAGUUUUACGGAUAUUGCGAUACUCCGUCUUUACCUAUGUACAUUGCCUGUCCCACGGAUACGAAGUGCGACAGGUAACUCGUCGGUUUCUUUAUAUGUGAACAUUCGUCGUACCUCAUACCUCAUAGCCGACUAUCUUCCAUUCGUUCCGCUAGAAGGCGGCUCGUGUUGCAUCGUUGCGUCACUGCGUUGGGCGUGCACAUUUUGUACUCUAUUACGAUCGUCAUGAUCUUUAUAAAGCGCUCAAAUCAAACUAACUGUCGCUGGUACAAGAUAUUCUUCCACUGUGAAUAUCUUUUGUUAUAUAUUUACAGCGAUCAGUUUAUUCAAUUUUUUACCCGCAAUCCUUUCUUUUUUACGAAUAAGUAGUUAAUAAGUAAAUAAAUAUAUUGAAAGACAGACAGAUUAUGAUUAAUAAAUAA